GAGACUGAGGAUUGUUGUAACCAAUGACAUACGCCCGCAGCCUGACGAUAUCAAGGCAACCAAUGGGAGACGAGCGCGCACUGCCGGUUUCCUAACCCACCUUAGAACUCGUACUAGUCGUUGCGGGAAGCGGCAAAGAUGGCGGCCCCUGCCAAGCGUAAAUCUGAGGAAACUGAGGCGGGGAGGAGCGGUGGCAACAAUCGCCGCAAUAAACGGACCUUGGAGGAAACCCAGCCGCGAGCGGGUGACCGACAAGAGGCAAAUUCACCCUUCGUUGAGGGCGCUAUCAGGAGGAUCUCCAUGGAGAACUUCCUAACCUAUGAUAACUGUGUGGUGUUUCCAGGUCCUCAUCUAAACAUGAUAGUGGGAGCUAAUGGGACAGGUAAAUCAAGCAUUGUAUGCGCAAUAUGCCUUGGAUUGGCAGGAAAACCUUCCUUUAUAGGACGAGCUGACAAGGUUGGUCAUUAUGUGAAGCGGGGUUGCAGCAAAGGAACAGUUGAAAUUGAGGUGCAUAAGAAGCCGAACAAUGUUAUUAUCAAACGAGAAAUUUUUGUAACAAACAACCAAUCAACUUGGUUUCUUAAUGAUACCCCCUGCACUCUCAAAAUGGUAGAGGAACAAGUCUUGGCCUUAAAUAUUCAAGUGGGUAAUCUGUGCCAGUUUCUUCCACAGGAUAAAGUUGGAGAAUUUGCAAAAUUGUCCAAAACUGAGUUGCUUGAAGCUACAGAGAAAUCAAUUGGUCCACCAGAGAUGUACAGAUUUCACUGUGAUCUCAAAAAUUUCAGGCAGAGGGAGCGAGAACUUGAAAAUUCAUGCAUGGAAAAAAAUAGCAACUUAGAAAAAAUGAAGAAAAAGAAUGAAAGAUAUAAGCAAGAUAUGGAGCGAUAUCAUGAACGUCAGCACCAUCUAGAUUCAAUUGCAAUACUUGAGAAAAAAAGGCCAUGGGUGAUAUAUGAAGAAGUACGUGAGCAGCAUGAAGAGGUAAAAAAAAGCCGAAAUAGGCAGAAAGAAGAAUUAAGAGCACUGAAACAGGCACAGGCUCCCAUGACUCAUCAGAUCAGAGAAGUUGAGAAGGAAUGUGCAAGCCUGGAAGCCAAAAUUGAGGAAAAGAAUACAGCUAUCAAAGCAGCAUCUCAGAAAUGUAAACUGCAACAGGAUGCUUUGGAGAAAAAAGACAAGCAAAUUGAAGAUAUUAAACUAGCUUUAAGGAUGAAAAGGGAGGCAGAAAUGGAUCGGCAGAAGAGAAUACAUAACACUCGUAAGAUGAUAGAAGACUGGACCAAUGAGCUUAAAAACACAGAGAAUGUUGAAAACAUUCAGCCUCUAAUGGAUUCUGUUAUUGCUGACCUUAGACAGUUGGAGGAAAAGAAGGCAAAUAUUGAUGGUGAAUUAAAUGAUCUGCAAAGAGAAAGGGAGAACUUGCUAAAAGAAAGGAAAGGCACAGCAGACCGCAUUGCUCAAUUUGAAAAUCUGAUGAAUAUGAAGGAAGAGAAGCUUAAAGGGAGAUUCCAAGACACACACGAUGCUCUUAUGUGGUUAAGACAGAACAGAGACCGAUUUACAAGAAGUGUCUGUGACCCUAUGUUGCUUUCAAUCAAUAUGAAAGAUAAUAAACAUGCUAAAUACAUAGAAAAUCACAUUUCUGCUAAAGAUAUGAGGGCCUUUGUCUUUGAAAUGAAGGAAGAUAUGGAAAUGUUUUUAAAAGAGAUGCGUGAUAAUCGCAAACUAAGAGUGAAUGCUGUAUGUGCACCUAGUGAAUCAUGUGCUGAAAAAAGACCUUCAAAAUCAAUUGAAGAACUGCACCGGUAUGGAUUUUUCUCUUACUUACGAGAGUUAUUUGAUGCUCCCUACCCUGUGAUGAGUUACCUGUGUCAUCAGUAUCAUAUUCAUGAGGUCCCUGUAGGAACAGAGAAGACUAGGAAUAUGAUUGAAAGGGUGAUAAAGGAAACAAAACUUAGACAAAUCUACACAGCAGAAGAAAAGUACGUAGUAAAAAUAUCCAGUUACACAAAUCAAACUGUUUCCACCAACACAUCACUAAGGCCAGCACAGUUUCUUACUGUUACAGUGGAUGCUGAUAAAAGAAGACAGUUAGAAGAUAAAAAAAGUGAAAUUAACAGGCAGUUGCAAUCAUUGGAUUCUCAAAUGGCAUUACUCUCUGAAAAGCAGAAAUGCCUGGGAUGCAGAGAUAACCAACUCCGUCAACAGAAAAAGGAACUUUUGGAACGAAAAAACAAAAGGAGACAAUUAGAAUCAAAAAUUAGUAUGAAACAUGAUAGUUUAAAACAGAUGGAACAAGAUGCCAUCAAUCUGGAAGAAGAAUCUGAGCAAGCAAAUGCUAAAAUAAUAAAACUUAACACCCAGAAAGUAAAACUUGUAACCGAUUUUAUGCAACUAAUAAAGAAUUGUAUGACCCUUAAUGAAGACAAAACAAAUUUGGUCCUACAGAACACAACAGCUGCUUUUCACAAGAACAGGCUUGAUGCUGAAUAUAAAGCUGCAACUGUACAACUACGAACUAUAGAGCAACAAGUUUCAGCACUGGAAGGAAAGAAGCAUUUGCUUUUGGAAAAGUGUAAAGGUUUACUGAGAACAGCUAAACAAGUUUGUAACAUUGGUCUUGAUCAAAACCUUCCAGAAGAUGUCUGCGAGGCAUUCCGGGACCUUCCAAAUACAGUGGAUGAAAUUGAUGCUCUACUGAAUGAGGAGAGAACAAGAGCUUCAUGUUUCACAGGUCUCACUGCUUCAGUUGUUGAAGAAUAUAAUAAAAGAGUAAAAGAAAUAGCACAGGUGACAAUAGAACUGGAGGAAAAGAAAAAGGAGCUGGACAGCUAUAGGCAAAAUAUUUCACAGGUUAAGGAAAGAUGGCUAAACCCUUUGAAGCAGAUGGUUGACCAAAUAAACGAAAAGUUCAGCAGCUUUUUUAGCUCUAUGCAAUGUGCAGGAGAGGUAGAUCUUCAUACAGAAAAUGAGGUAUGAUUAU